GAGGGAACACUAGUUUGCGGAGCUCUCCUCUAAUCAGGCACACCAGAAUUUGUAUGGCAGGGUAGUAUUUACUCUUCCCCCCAGUUCUUAAUGGCUGGGAAGAUGAAAUGGAUAGUCAGGGUUUCGUUUUUCAUCCUCACACUGGAACAUGCUAGCUGUAGGAGGCAGGGGAGAAAACAGAAUAGAGAUAGAAGAGCUCCUGAUCCACAGGUUGAAGAGUAUGCGUAUACUGAUUACGAUUAUAAUAAUUAUAACUACGAUGAUCUCGGGGAAUAUUAUGCAGAGGGAGAGAUAAAACCAGUUGGAACUGAGUUAGGAGUUUCUGAAGGCCCAAGUAGAGGAGACCAAUCUCUCAUAUCCCCAACAAUUCCUGGCGAUGAGAUGACAGUUCGAGUAUCCAGUAAAAACCGUCCGGGAUAUCACUGGGCCAUAGAUGAGGGUAUUGAAGGAUAUCUCAUGAACCAACCAGAAUUAUUCAAGGUGAUCAGCCCUGGUCUAUUUGGGGAGGGGACAAUUUCGUUUGAAUCCAUUUCUAAUCCCGGUCGAUUUCUGAGAAACCGGGACGGGAAGAUAUAUAUUGAGGAGGGGGAUGAAGGAGAUGAACAGUUUAAAAUAGAUUGUUCAUGGUUUUCACGGAUGGAUCAUUUUUUCAAAAGUUUUAUUUCGUUUGAAUCUGUUUUAAAACCAGGAUGGUUUAUCCGGCAUAAUAACCGUAGGCUAGAGCUUUCAUUCAUCAGUUCCAACACAGACAAAAAUGAUGCGAGCUUUAUCAUGGCAAACCUUUCUGAUGGUGAGAUGGAGAGAGUGGAGGAAGUUUGGAGACAGUUUUUGGGGAAAACAAUUUUAGUUGAGAGUAAAGCUGUGCCUCAACAUUUCUGGGCGUGGAAUGAUGGAAAUCAGAGAGAUGGUGAGGGAAAGUUGGAACUUGAAGGACAUGUUUUUAGAAUGGUUUCUGGAUUAUGGGGUGAUGAAACAGUGUCAUUCGAAUCUUCAUCCAUACCUGGAUAUUACAUGCGGAGUAGAGGAACAAGUCUUUGGGUAGAGAGAGGAGAUAUGAACAAUCUGGAGUUUAGAAAGGAAUGCAGUUUCAAUGCUAGGGAUGGACGUUUUUUCGCAGGGUAUACUUCGUUUGAGUCUGCAGGUCAACCUGAUCAAUGGAUUCGCCAAUCUAACCGACAGCUCAAGCUUGAGACCGUUCAGUCGUAUCAAGACAACAAUGAUGCAAGCUUCUUCCUGUCCGAGGCUGAACCCCGUACCACAAUAUUCCCUACCGUUCCAACAACAACAACAAUUCUACCUAUUCCCUCCAGAAGACCACGUCCGGUUUUACCACCAAUUACUCCCGCUCCAGGUUAUGUUGAUAAAAGACCAACUGUGGUUGAAGAUGCGAAGUAUCCAUGUGCUGAUUACAAGCCAGGAGAUGACGACCUACAGUCAUUUGACUUUAUUCGAAAGUUUGAGCUCGAUGUGAACUUGGACGGAUAUCCUGGUGUGAGCAGAGUUCGUGGUUCGAAUCGUAUGCAAACAGCUUACAGGAUAGAUUCCACUGCAAACCUGGUUAUGCCCACUCUGAGAAUAUUCAACCAAGGUCUACCUGAGCAGUUUAGCUUUAUCACAACUUUCAGAAACCGAAAUCCAACAAACCAACGUUGGAACCUAAUUAGGAUAUCCACAACCAGGGGUGUAUCUCAGUUUUCUGUUGGACUCAAUCCUGGGCUCAACACUAUUGAGUUCUCUAUUCUAAAUUUUAACGGUGAUAUACAAACCCUAUCCUGGCAAAAACCUGAGGUAUUUAACUCUGAGUGGCACAAACUUCACUUCGGUGUAUUUCGAGACAAGGUUGUUCUCUACGUGAAUUGUGAACCUGUCGGAGAACAACCCUUGCAACCUGUUCAAACUAAAAUAGAUCUUAACGGACAAAUUCUCAUUGCAAAGGAGGCAGACACCAGCUCUACUCACGGUAUAGAUUUACAGUGGAUGGUUAUGGCGUGUGAUCCUGAAAGUGUUGAAAGGGAAACUUGUGACGAGUUACCAGCGCGUGAAAAGCCUCAGCAGCCUCAGUGCGAGGUCACCUGUCCUGGUGGUCCACCGGGAAACGAUGGAGUUCAGGGGUUACCAGGUAGAACUGGCCAGCCCGGAGAAAGAGGACCGACAGGAAGAAUAGGGCCCCCUGGAGAGCCUGGAAAACAGGGCUUUCCGGGAACGCCGGGAGAAAUAGGGCGAUCUGGACCUCAAGGUGCUCCUGGACUUCGUGGACCUGCGGGGCCUGAAGGACUAAAGGGAGAUCGUGGACCUUCAGGGCCUGAAGGCCCAUUAGGCAUGGUUGGUCUACCUGGAGCUAUUGGACCAAAAGGAGGAAAGGGAGAAUCAGGAAUACCUGGACUACCGGGUCCUCCUGGUAGUCCUGGAGACCGUGGUCCACCAGGAGACAUAUCUCAAGUUAUUGGACCAGUAGGCCCACCAGGACCACCAGGAAAUAGUGGAACACCGGGUUUGCCGGGUUUAGACGGAAAGAAGGGAGAAAGAGGAGAUAGUGGAGAGAGAGGAUUAGGAGGUCUACCUGGCAAGGACGGAUUAAAUGGACAGCGUGGUCCUAAAGGAGAUGCUGGUCAGCCUGGACCUCCCGGUCGAGAUGGAGUACUGGGAAGAACUGGACCAGCUGGACCACCAGGUCCUCCCGGAGCGAUGGUUGAAGGUGAAAAGGUUCCUGGACCCUCUGGACCACCUGGCCUGGACGGAGCUCCUGGGAUUCCUGGAUUACCAGGACCUAAAGGUGAACGAGGAGCUAGUGGUGAACAAGGUCAAAGAGGAGAGUCAGGUGUACCAGGAGAGAGAGGAUCUCUUGGUCCCCAAGGCAAAGAAGGAAGGCAAGGGGACCGUGGAAUGCCCGGUCAAAACGGUCAAAAGGGUGAAGAAGGUAUUGCUGGUAAACCAGGAUCUCCCGGGAUACAGGGACCUCCUGGUCUGGUUGGACAACCAGGGCAACAAGGUAUUCCGGGUUUACCAGGAGACCCUGGACCUCCUGGUCGACAGGGGGAUCCCGGAACAGCAGGACUGGAUGGUAAGGAUGGCAUGGAUGGAAAACCAGGAAUGACAGGAUCACCUGGAGAUAGAGGUAAGCCAGGAGAGGACGGAACCCCUGGCAUUCAAGGUCUUUCGGGACCUCCUGGAUCUAAAGGAAAUUCUGGCCCACCAGGUUUGCCUGGCCAUAAAGGGCCGCCAGGAAAACAAGGGGAUACUGGCUUACCUGGUCCGGAGGGUCCCAGAGGUCACCGUGGACCACCAGGACAAAUGGGUAAUGCUGGUCUACCAGGACCAGUUGGUCCGAAGGGACCUCAAGGUCUAACAGGGGAUCCCGGAUCUCCUGGUGUCGCUGGACCUGCUGGUGAGCGUGGUACUAGGGGGCUGAAGGGACCAGCGGGCCGACCUGGAAACAUGGGACCCCAAGGAUUACCUGGUUUGGAAGGAAAACCUGGUUCGCCAGGCCCACCUGGGCCUCCAGGACCCCCCGGAGAGAGUGUUACUUUGGUACCAACUGAGAUGCAGGGAAUGGUUAGCUCCGGAGACACUGGACCACCAGGUCCAAUGGGUCCUCCGGGACCUCCAGGAGAAAGAGGUGCAGGAGGAAGUCGUGGACCCGAGGGAGGGUCUGGAUCCCCUGGUAUUCCUGGAGGCCCUGGUACACCAGGAAGACAGGGGCUUCCGGGUAGAGCAGGGAACCCUGGUAUUCCUGGGAAGGAUGGAAGACCGGGACGGGAAUAUACUGAAGAUGAUUUAAGAGAGAUCUGUGCUUCAGUACUCAGAGAUCGACUUUCUGAGCUGACCGCUGGUCUUCAAGGACCUCCAGGACCACGUGGUAUGGGACGACCUGGAACUUCUGGCAGUCCUGGGCCACGAGGGCCUAUGGGAGACCCUGGUGUCCAGGGAGAAACUGGUCCAAGAGGGUUUCCCGGCCUACCGGGUCUUCCAGGACCAAAUGGACCCUCAGGAAUUAAAGGUGACAGAGGUAUGCCCGGAGAUCCUGGUAGACCUGGUAUAGGGGAGGAGGGACCACCUGGACCCCCGGGUGGAGAGGGACCCCCUGGUCCACCAGGAAUAGGAGAACCUGGAACUCAAGGACUGAGAGGAGCUCCGGGAAGACCAGGACGACGAGGUGUUGAAGGUGGACCAGGUCCUGUUGGACCUCCAGGAUAUUGUCAGUUCUGUGAUGCAUUGGCCAUGCAGUCAAACAGGCAAUCAAGCAAGAAGGGCCCUUGAAUCCUCAUUAGUUUCCGCAAAUUCUAAAUUACUUAAAAAAGAAAAUUCAGUAGUACUGCGAUAAUCAUUAAUAGUUGCCACAAAUUGUAAAUUUUUGAAGUUAUUUACAUGACAGAUACUUAAAAAAAUGCCUUGAUUAUUUUGUGAUGAUGAAAAGUACUUAUAUCAUUUCAUAGAAUUGUGUUCUUAGUUUAAUAUAAGCGUUUUGUAUUUUGUGAUAAAGAAUUAAAAUAAAACUGCCAAAUUCGUCCAAAACUAUA